AUCGCAUUCACACCCAAUUGAUUUACCUCUUCACACCUUGGCGCUCUUUCUUACCUCUCUAGCGCGCACAAUCUCCCUCUCCCAACUGUCCCUGUUUGCGAAACCCUAAGCCUAACAGUAGUUUCAGCCAUGAAGGUGGAUCGUUCGAAGUCUGGCGAUGCGCUCAAGUCGGAAAACCGCCUAGCGGCAAAGGCUCCGGAGAAGCAGAAAAAAGGUAACCGAAAAACUAAAGAUCCCAACAAGCCGAAGCGUCCUCCUACCGCGUUUUUUGUCUUCAUGGAGCAAUUCCGGAAGGAGUUCAAGGAGAAGAACCCUAACAACAAACUGGUCUCAGUGGUUGGAAAAGCCGGCGGCGCUAAAUGGAAAUCUAUGUCCGAUUCUGAGAAAGCUCCAUAUGUAGCCAAAGCUGAUAAACUGAAGGAUGAGUAUUUGAAGAAGAUGCGCUCUUAUAAUGGAGACAAGAAAAGCGCGGCAGAUGAUGAAUCGUCAGACAAAUCCAAGUCCGAGAUCAGCGAAGUUGCUGGAAGCGAUGAGGAGGAAGACGAUGAUUAGGGUUUGAAGCUGUGGAAGUUAUUGUGGUGUUAGUACUAGUCUAUUGCAAAGGAAUUUAUAUUGCAUCGGAAUUAUAUAUCUCCAUUAAAAGUUUUUCUCUUUGUUUUUAUUUCAUGUUUUUGAUGUUUACAGUGUAAU